AUGAGCACGUUCCCUUCUGUGACACUGGAUCAUUCGGGAGUAGUUCCUGACAUAGGCUUCGUGCAACUUGUCAACCAUAGCUUAUCCCCAGCAGACAUUGAAGCAAUGUUUGACUGGUCGAAACGAUUCUUCUCCCUGCCGGACGAGAUCAAACACCUUGCGCCUCACCCUGCUUCUGGGACCCACCACAGAGGGUACUCCGCUCCCGGAAAGGAGAAGGUUGUGCAACACAUUUACGAUCGCAACGAGCUAGAUGAGCUACGAAACAGGACUCCUGACGUCAAAGAAAGCUUCGAGGUUGGGCGUGAGGAUGAUCCUGUUAUGCCGAACAUCUGGCUUCCCGAGAACACACUCCCGGGAUUCAAGGAUGCCAGCCUCAGAUUUUAUUGGAUAUGCGACGAAGUCAAGGGACAUAUCUUACGCGCGAUCGCUCUUGCCCUAGGAUUGCCGGAACGCUAUCUCUUGGACAAACAUCGUGCGGCUGACAAUCAACUUCGUUUCUUACAUUAUCCGCCCGUGUCCUCUACCGCUCUCCAGAAUGAGGAAGUAACUCGCAUCGGGGCGCAUUCGGACUUCGGCAGUAUUACAUUGCUUCUGCAGGAUGACAUUGGCGGUCUUGAGGUCGAGAGUCCUCAAGAACCUGGACGAUUCUUGCCCGUGCCUCCCGUCCAGGGUGCUUUGCUUGUCAAUGCCGGCGACUUCCUCAUGAGAUGGUCCAAUGACACCAUUCGAAGUACUAUCCAUCGUGUCAGGGCACCCGCACACGCGCAGGAUGAUGGAGGAAAGAUACCCGAGCGCUACUCGAUGCCUUAUUUUUGCUCUGCGGAUUUCGACAUAGUCGUGGACUGUCUGCCCGGCACUUGGUCCAAUGAGCGCCCGAAGCGCUACAAGCCAAUCUCAGCUUCUCAGUACGUACUGGAGCGUCUGGCAGCGAUCUAUUGA